UAAUACUUUUGCUCUUCGUCUCUAGAGUCUUUUAGUAUUUCUCUCAAUUUCUAAUGGAGGUGGAAGGUAUUGUUCGAAACUUGGAGAAUAGUGUCGUUAUUGUAACUGGCGCAACUGGUUUUCUCGCAAAGGGUAUACUCUCCUUCCUUCUCUAUCUCUAUUUUACGCAUGAAUUUCUCUUGUUCCUUUCUGCUGAUUAUUAUUUUGGGGAGUUUUGCAGUUUUUAUUGAGAAACUGUUAAGAGUUCAACCAAAUAUAAAGAAGCUCUAUCUUCUUUUGAGAGCCGCCAGUCACGAAUCUGCCUUACAACGUUUCUAUUCUGAGAUUAAGGCAAAGGACCUGUUCAGGGUUUUGAAAAAGAAACAUGGUCCAAAUUUUAGCGCCCUCAUUGCCCAAAAGAUUACGGUUGUGCAUGGUGAUAUCUCUAGAGUGAAUCUAGGAGUAGAGGACUUGAAUUUGUUUGAAGAAAUGCGGAACGAAGUGGAUAUUGUUGUCAACCUCGCAGCAACAACCAGUUUCGACGAAAGAUAUGAUGUGUCUUUUCACAUUAACACCAUGUGGCCUAAGCAUAUCUUGAACUUUGCCAAAAGAUGCGCUAGAAUAAAAGUUCUACUCCAUGUAUCAACUGCAUAUGUAUCUGGUGAAAAAGAAGGUUUGAUUGAGGAGACUCCCCAUCGAAUGGGAGAUACUCUCAAUGGUACAGUUGGCUUAGACAUCGACAAUGAGCAAAAAAUAAUUGAUGAAAAAUUAAAACGACUCCAAGCUGAUAAUGUCAGUAAACGAGAUUUAAAUCUAGCCAUGAAAGACCUCGGACUCCAAAGGGCAAGAAAUUAUGGAUGGCCAAACACCUACGUUUUCACUAAGGCAAUGGGAGAGAUGAUUUUGGAAGAAUUAAAGGGAAAUAUCCCUACUGUUAUUGUUAGACCUACCAUAAUAACGAGUACAUAUAAACAGCCUUUUCCAGGGUGGAACGAAGGAUUGAGAACCAUUGAUAGCAUUGCUGCUGGUUAUGCUAAAGGGAAAAUUACUUGCUUUCUUUGUGACCCUAAGACAGUACUCGACAUUAUCCCAGCUGACAUGGUGGUAAAUGCUAUGAUAGUGGCUAUGUUGGCUCAUGCGCAAAACCCAAGCAAAACCCCAAUUUACCAAAUUGGUUCUUCUGUGUCAAAUCCUCUUCUAUUUUCUUCUCUUCAAGAUUAUAUUCAGAGAUACUUCCGCAAGCAUCCAUGUUUUGAUAAACAGGAAAAGCCUAUUCAAGUAAGGGAGGUCACCAUUUUCAGAACCCGGAACAACUUUCGCUUAUAUAUGGCGCUUCGUUACUUGGUUCCCCUAAAGGUCUUGUGGAUUCUUAAUGCUGCGCUUUUUCAAUGGUUAGGUGGAUUGUACCACAAUCUAAACCGCAAAAUAAAGUAUGCAAUGCGGAUGAUAGAUCUCUAUGCACCUUACUUGUUCUUUAAGGGAAUUUAUGACGACACCAAUACAGAAGUAUUGCGACAAAUUGUGAGGAAGAACGAAGCCGAGAAUGUGUUUUACUUGGAUCCCAAAAGAAUUAACUGGGAAAACUAUUUCAUGAACAUCCACUUUCCAGGACUGGUGAAGUAUACAAUCAAAUAAUGACGCACCCAACUUCUUCCCGAGGGCUGUUGUUCAUAAGGUCGAACUGUUUAACUUAUGAUUGAAGUUAGUGAAAAAGCUGCAUGCAUGGGUAUGCAAUCAAUGAGGAUGAAGGACUAUGGAUGAAGGCCAACUAAGUUUGUAAAAUGAGCUAGGCAUUUUGAACCCCAGGGGAUAUUUUUUGUGUACUCGUACCACUGAAUGAUAUAACUCCAUGCAAAAAAAAAAAUAAUAAUAAUAAUGAUUAUUAUUAUUAUAAAAAAAAUUAAAAUUCUCGAGAUGUUCUCGAGAUCAUAACUCCGACACUCAAAUUAAUAAUGAAAAU